UAGAAGUAUACAUGUAGAACUUCUCAUGUAUAUAUAUACAGAGCAUCCAGCUUAGAGAGUAGAUUACCACAAAUUUGUGAGUAGCUGUACUUAAAUGUAAAUAUAUUUCGAUUGGAACAUUUCUAAGAAAUGGUGUUGAUACCAAUGUGUAGGUGAAUGACCAAGUACAACAUACUCAAAAAUGUUUCCAUGGAAACGUAAGGUGGUGGAUUUGUGGUGAUUAACAGAACAACAGCAAAUUGUUAUAGUGGGUAAUCGGUUAGAGUAAUAAACAGUAAUCUUGUAUAAGGUCCUAGACUUCAUCACAUAAUUGUUCAAUGGUUUAGGUAUCCUGACCAUCCCUUUAUGGGUCUUACAUAUUAUGUUCACAGUGUUUAUAAUUCAUGAUUUACUGGAUUUUAGGUACACUUUUGGUUAGAGUAAUAACUUCUGAAAAAUUAAUAGCUUAGCUUUCAAAUUUCUGUAGUAAGUUUACAGGUAAAUGGGCUACAUUGUGAUACCAAAAACAUCCUAUAUGCUUAUUCCAUUGCUGAGAUAACACUGAAAAGCUACAUAAUUUACUAUUUUCUACUGUUUUGAUGACAUCAGCAGCUGCAAACCACAAACCAAUGAUGCUUUAAUCAACCACACGCUUAAUUAAAAGUGGGCGUACAGUUAUUGUACGCCCACUACGUGGUUAAUUAAAGUGUCAUCGAUUUGUGGUUAGCAGCUUGUGAUGUCAUCAAAAGGUAGUAAAUUUAGUACUAAUGUUCGGGCACUAAAUCACCCCUCGUAUAUAAAAGUGCAUGGGUGAACUGUUUAGAUGUAAUUAUUUUCUAGCAAACAGUCCGAAUACUGAUUGCUAACAAUGCAAAAGGAUCCAACGUGUGAGAACUGUAACCACUACGAAAUGGAUGAACCAGGUGGAGGCAACCCAACUGUCCCUCUGGCCAGGCCAGUACCAAAGCAGGCUGGAGGAGGCAAGAAAAUGUCCACUCGAAUGUGUGCUAUAUCGGCUGGUGUUAUAAUUGCCACUUUUGUUAUUUUGGCUAUCGUUGCUGUGAUCGCUAUUGUCGUGUUUAGACCCUCACCAACUGUUUCCCCCACUGAAACCAGCAGUGCUUUCAGUGGAUCCAAUACCGAGUUACAGCAAGAGCUUGAAAGCCUGAGAAAAUUGAUAGAGCAACAAGCUAACAACUUUACUGUCACCACGAAAGAAGCUGUCAUCUUAUCGCAGAUAAACGUGAGCCAAAAAAUUGUAGCUGAAACCAAAAAACUCUCAGAUGAUUUUAUGAUGUGGCUGGAUGUAGAAGUUAAAACUGCUCUUAUCUCAUCGAAUAACCCAAAUAACCCAAGUGUAUGCUCGGAGCUGUCAGCACCUGAUAACGGAGAUGUGGUGUAUAGCAAUCAGACCCUUAUUGUCGGUACUACUGCUACUUUCUCCUGUGAUCCUGGCUUUGUUUUGUUUGGUGAAGCUGUUAGGACUUGCUAUACUGAUACCGUUGGUAAUUGGAGUGGAAAAGUGCCAUCAUGUGAUAGUAACGGAACAUUGAUUAAUUGCCAGCAUACUAAUUGUCGACAAGAACAGCUGGUGUGUCCAGAACAAGACAACUGCACGAUACGUUGCUACGACUCAAGAUCCUACCCCUGCUAUCGAACUGGUUUAAUCUGCCCUAGGGAAGGAGAUUGUGCACUCAACUGUGAUGGUACUUACGCUUGUCUGCAAACAAACAUAACAUGCCCUGAGGGAGGGAACUGCCUGCUGAACUGUAUGGGUGAAGACGCGUGUCGAUACGCUUCAGUGGUAUGCCCAUCUGGUGGACACUGUGUGGUACACUGUCAAAGCAGUUAUCGCUAUACUUGCUCCAAUUCACAGUUCACUUGUCCGUCAGGAGGAAACUGUAUAUAUAAGUUUGAGGGACUGCAAAAUUCUUUCCAAGUUCAAAACUUGAUUAUUACAUGCGAAGAGAACAGUACUUGCAGUAUUAAAUGCACUGGACAAUCAAAUCAAUGUUCCCGGUCCCGUAUCACCUGCCCCACAGAGAGUGGGGACUGUAGUAUAGAGUGCAGUGGGAACUCCGCUUGCCGGUCUUCAAACAUUGCCUGUGGUCGUGGCAGAGAGUGUUUGAGUUGCAGUGGCCGGUACUCUUGCUCCAGUGCAACCAUCAUACUGCCAAACACAGAUACAGCCAGCUUGAAUUGCAGUGGCUCGUACUCUUGCGGCAGUGCAACCAUCACCCUUCCUAGCACUACUACAGCUAGCUUGUCAGUGAGUUGCACCGGUGAAUACUCAUGCCAGUUUUCAAACAUACAAUGCCCUGACAACUACAACUGCACAAUAAAAUGUGGUGGACGCAAUUCGUGUCGGUUUGCCAGAAUCACUUGUCCAACAGGAGACUACAGCUGUAACAUACUCUGUACUGAUCCUCUUUCCUGCCCCACUUUGAGAAUCACAAACACAGACAAUGUCAACCUGCGAUGCUGUGGAGAUGUGUCAUGCUCAGAAGCACCUGUUACUCCUACUUCAAGAACCGAGUGCCUAUUACGCUGAAGACUAACGACUUUUCAUUUGAGAAUGUGUAGAACAUCAAACAAGUAGAGAACUGCUUAUAAUUAUAUAGUAUUGUGUAGCGCUAUAUGUACAUGUACAUAUUAUGUUUAUACUGUACGUAACAGUUGUUGUUAUUUUUAAUCUUAAAUUUGAAUUGCAUUAACUGGUACCAAAUUGAUUGAUUGGGUUGUCUGUUUCUUGGUGAUUUUCAUAUAUGCAUUACCGCUAUCCUAUAUCCC